AUGCGGGUGAAAGCCCGGCCCGGCACCGCCUUUGAAAUCGUCUUCAAGUGCAACGAAGAAUGCAAGAGCCUUAUCUUCACUGAAGGCGCAGGCUAUAAAUGGGUAGGCUGUUGUCCCGCUGGUACGAAGUUAAUGGGAAACGACACCACGGCUUUUGACUGCUGUGAUGCAGGUGAGGACGUCACGGGGUGCAAGGCGGCAAAUGGAUAUGAAUGUUGUCCUGCGGGAUACACGUGGGAUGGGAACGACUGUACGAUAAUCGAUGAUAACUAUCCAUGUCGUCUGCUACCUGAUUGUCUGAUGGGUCAAAAUAUCGGCUUUAUAUUCCCAAUUACGGAGUCUAUACAUCCAGGCAAAUGCUACACCCUCACCUUCGAAAAUGGACAGAACUUUGGCUACCACGAAGCCUUCGGUUUCUACACGGCCUCUUCAGACCACCAAUUCAGCAAAUUCCAAGUCUGCCCCAACGAAAUCUGCUCUCCAGGCCGAGAACUCGAAGCCGGGGACUACUUCAACCUGCAAGAGAUCUACGGCGAACUUCCACCCACAUCAAAAGAGAAGAAAAGAAUCUUCGUCAACAACGCCAAUGACGGCGCGUACAUGACCCGCACGCCGGAGUACUGGGAGAGCGGCAAUUUUGUGAUUACCAAGAGGCCCGGUGGGAAGUACUGUUUGGGGGGGUUUCGGUAUGAUGAUCGUGUGGGCUCGGGUGCUGGGAUUGGCUUGACUUAUGAGGCUGGGAGUGUGGGCGCUACGAUGCUGCCGCGCGAUGAUCAGGCUUGUGUUGUGAUGGCGCUGACGGAGGUUCCUUGCGAUAUUCGUGCUGAAGCGGCGAAUUGUAUUGGGGGCAACAUGACAGCGGCUGCUGCAUCGCCUCCUCCUGGCGGCAGCGGCGUUUUGAAUGCUAGCAUGCCUAUUGACGGCAGUGGAGCGCCCGGCUAUCCACCUGGUUAUCGAGGCCCAAUCUAG